GAAUCAAUCAAUCUGCUGACGAGCGAUAGGCACAUUCCAAUACUGGAAAAGGAAUAUGCCUGCCUGGUCGCUUACUGCUUGUUUAAUUUCCCAGGUCUUGGCGGUUAAUAAUUCCCUGCAAUUCUCAUUUCUUCCGGUUCUUUAUUACGCAAGUCGCCCCCUUUCUUUCUCAGAUGCUCGAAGGAGUUUGACAAGGAUUUUCCCAUUCCCCUCCGGGUUCGAUCAUUUGGGUAUUUCUUGAAUUGGAUUCGUUAUUGUUUGGAAUUCGAUCUAUUCUUUAUUUUUUCCCUUUUCUUCUUCAUAAUACUCCGUAACAAUUGUAAUAAUUAUAUCUUGUGGGUUGAAGUGCUGGGGUUUUGCAUUCCUCGGGUGUAAAGUAGUGAGAAUGAUUGAAUCAAUUGAGCUAAAGAUUCGAACUUGAUGUAUCUGGGGUUGUGAUAAUUCGAUGAAAUAUUGAGAUUGUAUUGCUCAGAAGAUCCGAGUAGGAGGAAGAUGAAUGCUGUAGGAAGAAUAGGCAGCUAUAUAUCUAGAGGUGUAUAUUCUGUUUCCACGCCUUUCCACCCAUUUGGUGGUGCAGUGGACAUUAUUGUGGUGGAGCAGCCAGAUGGGACCUUCAAGUCCUCUCCUUGGUAUGUUCGAUUCGGAAAGUUUCAGGGGGUUAUGAAGACGAAGGAGAAAGUGGUCAAUUUAGUCGUCAACGGUGUGGAAAUGGAUUUCAGUAUGUAUUUGGGGAAUGAUGGCCAAGCUUGCUUUCUGAGCGAGGUGGACGUGGAAGAAGGGGAUAAUCCGUAUUCUCCUCCUCCUUCUGGUGAGGAUACUGAUACCCAAACCCAGUGUAGGAAACCAAUGAAGUCAAAAAGUUGUGAUUUCAUUGGUGUCGAGCCUUCCUCAACAACAGGACGAUCAGGGAUUUUAGGGUAUGUGUUUGGCAAGAAAUCUAUCAAAGAAAGGGAUGCCAAUGUCAUUAGGCCAGACUCUUUGGAACGUGCCCAAAUUGCAGCUGAUCUUUUGGAGGUAAAUUGGUCCACUAACAUUCGCUCUCCCAGGUGUCAAGUCUUAAACAUUUCUGGUCAAGAUCCAUCAAAUGACAGUGAUAACAAACAGAACUUGCCGAUUGAUGAUAAAGUGAAUGAUAACACAAAUAGUUUGGAUCCUCACGCCGCACAAGAGGAAAUUCGAUCACUCGAUCAUACAAAUAUAUGCUUAUUUCAAGAAUAUAACAAUAAGACAUAUAAAAACUCUGCUAUUAAUUCAAACUAUUCUGGAAACACCAAAAGCGAAGAGAGUCCCAAAACUGCAAUGGCUAUUUCAAGCAGAACCGUGGAUGGUCAAGUUUCACCACUCAAUGAAAAAUAUUCUCAACGGGUCUAUCUCCAUCCAUUAGAUGGUUCUUCUGAGGAGGUAGAACAACAGAGUAAUACAGUGACACCAGAAAUCUUGGAGCUGGAGCAGCUCAUCUUUGGCAACCUUGAUGAUUUAAGUCCCAAUAACAUAAAAGACAACGUUCUUGAUAAUUCAGAUUCUGAAGAGAAAGAUGUGAUUGAAUCUUUUGUUGCUGAUAGAGUCAAGUUAACAUCUGUUAGAAGUGAUAUUAGCAUUUCUUCCAGUUCUAAAGCUCAAUCUGAUAAUUUAAUAAGGAUGGCGACAUCUUUACCAACCAAGUGGUCUCAUGAUACUAAUUUGUGUAGCGGACAGAAUCAUCAGAAGUCACCUGAGGUAUCACAGGAGGUUGAAAUUGCUAAGGCCAUACAGGAGGUGGAUGUUAGGCCUGUUGAGCCAGAAACUGAGGAGAAGUCUCCACCAGCCGCUGCCAAUGGUGAAAGCCAUAGAACAUGGUCUUUUCCUUUCAAGAGAUCAAAUAGCACUCUUGUGAUCCGGGAUUCUUUGAAUGAAAAUAUAAACACUGAUGCCAAAAGUCCUCCAAGGGAUUCCAGUGAGUGCACGGAAGAAGAUGUGCCUAAAGUGAGAAUUACUAAGAAGAAAAUAAGGGCACUCACACCAACAUCUGAGCAACUAGCAUCUUUGAAUCUGAAAGCUGGGAAAAACAUAGUGAUAUUCACAUUCUCAACUCCUAUGCUUGGGAAACAACAGGUUGAUGCACAAAUUUAUUUGUGGAAAUGGGACUCACGUAUUGUGAUAUCUGAUGUUGAUGGCACAAUUACCAGAUCUGAUGUUCUAGGACAGUUUAUGCCAUUGGUUGGGGUAGAUUGGUCCCAGACAGGCGUUGCACAUCUCUUUUCUGCCAUUAAGGAGAAUGGAUUCCAACUGCUUUUCUUAAGUGCUCGUUCAAUUUCUCAAGCCUAUGUAACCAGACAAUUCCUAAUUAAUCUGAUGCAGGAUGGGAAGGGACUGCCAGAAGGGCCUGUUAUUAUAUCCCCUGAUGGACUUUUCCCUUCUUUAUUUCGAGAAGUGGUACGAAGAGCUCCACAUGAAUUUAAGAUUGCAUGUUUGGAGGAUAUCAAAGCAUUGUUUCCUUCGGACACGAACCCAUUUUACGCUGGUUUUGGUAACCGAGACACUGAUGAGGUUAGCUACCUGAAGGUCGGAAUCCCAAAGGGAAAGAUUUUCAUCAUAAACCCAAAGGGUGAAAUUGUUGUGAAUAGACAUAUCACCAACACAAAAUCAUAUACUUCCCUUCAUACUCUUGUCAACGGCAUGUUUCCUGUUCUUUCCUCUUCGGAGCAGGAGGAUUACAAUUCAUGGAAUUUCUGGAAGCUUCCUCUUCCUAGUAUCCGAUGAAGCUAGCUCGAGGAAGUGAACUAAACAUUCUUGGAGAACAAGGAUGGCACCACACCUCGUGGCGACAUCCAGGCAGCCGUUUAUUAUAACUAGCUAUGGAUGAAAGUCAUGAAACAAAGGGUCGUGUUCGCCUGACAUUACAAAGACCAUUUGGUUGGGGGAACAGGAAAUUUUGUUUCUCACUUCUUCAAGUUGCCAUUGGUUCAAGUUUAAGUUUAUUUGCUGCAGGAGGUAUUGUAUAUUUUGGAGGGAGGUCUGAAAGGACAAAUAUGGUGUAUAGUGAUUAAUUGUAUGGAAUGUUUCCAGCUAGUUACCCAAUUGUUCUUCUGUAAUAAUUUUGUAUGUUUAGGCAUGGCUGCCAUUUUUUUUUUGUCAUAGGAAGCCAGCCAUUUCAUUCUAAAGGUCAUAUAUUUGUACUAGGUACUUAUGGGAUGGUAAUAUUGUUACCAUGGGGAAGUCUGUCACGGUGGGAGACAUUUUUAAAAUGUCAAAACGAUGUCGUUUUUGAGCAAAAACGAUUUCUAAAUAAAUGCAAAAUUCUCGA